AUGGAUUCAGAAGAACAGAAGAAGCUUCUUUCCAAGGCUGUUGGUACGGUGAGGGCGUCUUCCUCGCUUGUCGGGCAGGACGUCCAGUUUUUCAGUAAUUUGGAUGCAAAUGUAGCAUCGUCUGUGAAGGAGUUGGGUAAUGAGGUCCUGGAGAUGAUUAACGACAUUUUGUUUUCCAUCGAUGAGAAUUCGAAACCGUUUGCAGAGAGCGCUGAGCAGGUCGGUGAGUCUUGGAGAGAUUUUACAAACUUGACCGAUAACCUUUUCGAGAAAUCGGAUCGUUCGAUGGACAUCAUUGCACAAGGUACCAGAAAGAACGGACAGGCCGGCAGCGAGGUACAGUAUCUGGAUGACUUGGUAGGCAAUGAUUCGAGCAGUGGGAAACGUAUAACAAAACCACAAUUACACUUUUCUAGACCUGUAGACAACAGCGAGUCGCAACCGUUCAAGCCGCUGUUGACGGAAAAGCCAAAUGCACUAAAACCUUUGAAGGAGUCGCUACAAAUGGUACCUGCGACAGAAAACAUCCCCAGCCACUAUCCUAACCCUUACGACUACGAGAUUAGUAACCAAGAGUAUAACAACGACAUUCUGGAAACGAGGGCACCUAUCCCAUCUACUCCGUGGCAUGAAAGCGAACCUGUCUGGGUUGACUCCACCGAGGGUCUCCAAUCCCUGUUGAAGGACUUGAAGAAAUACAAAGAACUGGCCAUUGACUUAGAGCAUCACGAUUACAGGUCGUAUUACGGUAUUGUCUGUUUGAUGCAGAUAAGUACCAGAGAUACCGAUUAUCUCGUCGACACAAUUGCAUUGAGAGACGAGUUGCAUAUAUUAAACCAAGUGUUCACUGACCCGAUGGUAACUAAAGUUUUCCACGGUGCGUUCAUGGAUAUCAUAUGGUUGCAGAGGGAUUUGGGGUUGUAUAUCGUCAGUUUAUUCGACACAUUCCAUGCUUCUAAGGCACUUGGAUUUCCAAAACAUAGCUUGGCGUAUCUGCUGGAGACGUUAGCAAAUUUCAAGACUUCUAAAAAAUAUCAGUUGGCGGACUGGAGGAUAAGACCUUUGUCGAAACCGAUGAGUGUGUACGCCAGAGCGGACACACAUUUUUUGCUGAACAUUUUUGAUCAGAUGAGAAACCAAUUAAUUAAGGAUAACAAAUUGGCUGGUGUUCUUGGAGAAUCGAGGAAAGUGGCAAAAAGGAGGUUUGAGUACUCGAAGUUUAGACCAAAGCUCGCCCAACCUGACGUUUUCACACCGAUCGAAAAGGAGAGUCCCUGGAGAACACUAAUGUUUCAGUAUAAUGUUACGCCAGAAAAGGAGGAGUUGGUUAAGGCGCUGUAUGAAUGGAGAGAUACUAUUGCCAGAAGAGAUGACGAAUCGCCCAGGUACAUCAUGCCCAACCAAUUGCUGAUUUCGCUGUCCGCAUACACACCAACUGAUCCUGUGAGUCUCGUAUCGGUGAACAGUUAUGUGACUGACUGUGUAAGGUCCAACUCCAAAGUAUUAGCCAACCUGAUCAAAAGUUUUGUCGAAUCAUCCAAGUUAGGACCGCAAAGUAGCUACACCCCGAAUACGGAAAACACAUCAACUCCAUUUGUACUUACACUUUCUCAAAUCAAAGAUAUUGGCAUGAGGUUUACGAAACUAACUGAAAACUUUCAGUCAUCCUCUUGUCAAAAGAUAUCACCCCUUCAAAGAUCUUCAUUCUUUGGUGACCUUUCCAAGGGGAAAGUGACGGUUUCCUAUAAUGACGCAAAAACAACUCCUGUGAGUCAAUCGGUGUUGGAAUCUCGUUCAAAACAAUUUAACGAAUACAUGAAAGCAUUUGGCGACAUAGAAUACAAAAUACCCUCCAUUGUGGAACCAGUUAUGGAUUUACCAAUCCCUAGCGGUACCACUAGUACGGAAAGUGCAGACAGCAAGACCGUCGAGAAACCACCAAAGAAUAUCAAGGAGGACAUGGAUGAGAUUGUUGUUUUGAAGAAAGUUAAAAGAGAGUUGCCUAAACCAAAGGGCAAUGACGAAGAUGCUGAAAGGGAGAUUGUCGAUUACAGUAAAGAGGAUAAAGUUCUCGUGCAGAGACAAUUUGACAAAAAGAAGAAAAACAACAAUAACAAGAAAAGAUUUGAUCCAUUCUCUGCUAUCAGUGAGGGCCCUAAGGCUCCUAAGAAGAGGAAAGCUGUUACCAAGGGGAAAAAUGCUUCCUUCAAAAGGUAA